UACAGGGCUUUUAUUUCGCCGACUCAACUGAGGAGUACGUAAAUAUAAAUAAAUCGAGGGCGCGGCUAGGCUCGAUACCUAGCUAGAAAUUGCGACAAAAAAGAUGAGCAGCGACGCAAAAAGCAACGGAAAAGGAUUUAGUGGAGGCCGUUUCAGGUCGAGAGUGGAGCACUACCUCUACAGUGGUGACAAGAAGCACGUCGCGGCUGGCAUCGCCAUCAUCACCGCCAUCUUUGGCGUCCCUUGGUUCCUUAUGAGUCGAGGAACGAAACACCAGUCCCAUCAAGAUUACGUGGAAAGAGCUGAUAAAGCACGGAGUCAACGACUUUCUUCAGGUUCAUCUUCCGCUAAAUGAUUCUUGAAAGCUUUCGGUUGAAGGGGUGGAUUUCGCAUGAGCAUUUUGACAGUUGAAAAGUACGUGUUUGGUACCAUCUUUCUCUUUCAACCUUGGAUAUGCACGUCUUUUGUUCGUCCAUAACAAAUACGGAACUUUGUUUCUGCUAGCUGAUUUAUCAGAAAAGGCAUAUUUUUUACUGAUCUUAAACAUUAAAAAUUGUCUUAUUGUUAAUUUGGUUUGAUUUGUGGAGGCUGCCUCUCCCGUAUGAGGUUAUUCUAGGGGAUGAUAUUGGUUUUCCAGUUUCUGGACUAGGUGAUUAUAUUGAUUAGUAUAUCAAAGUCGAUGAGUUGUGGCUUUUGAUGUUUUUAGCCAACAAA